AUGGCCGUUCACAUAUUCGGUAAAGCCAUUAAGCAUAACGCCUUGGUCAGAAUAGGGCUUGCUAAGAGAAUUUUCGGUGUUGGAUAUAAUACUGCUGAAAGAUUAUGUGCAAAAGUUGGAAUCUACCCACAAAUGAGAAUGAAUCAACUUACUGAACCCCAAAUUAUGGCUAUUAAUAAAGAAUUAUCCGAAAUGGCAGUUGAAAAUGAGUUAAAAGCCAAGAUUUUGAGCGAUAUCAAAUUGAAAAGAUCUAUUGGUUCUUAUGCUGGUCAAAGACACGCAGCCGGUUUACCAGUUCGUGGUCAAAGAACUAGAAAUAAUGGUUAUAUUGCCGGUAAAUUAAACAAAGUCGAAAGAAGAUUAUAG